AUGUCUCAACCUCCAGAUCCGCAUUCCAUCGUCAUCUCACCAAUCAGGCCGCUGGCAAAUGAGACUGUCGAGGAGAUUCUAAACUUGUUCACCCACGCUAUUGGCAUUUAUCAUCUCAUCAAUCACCAGCUGCAGGUCAUUGUCCCAGAGGACUUUGACUACCAGAAGGAGCUGCACAAGUACCCUGCUGAGUUUGGGGGACUCAAAGUCAGCUUCAUCCGAGAGUCUUUCUACCCAACUGCUGGCAGAGCAGAGUCAACACCAGUACACCUGACAGGGGGAUCUUCAACAACUACAAUCGGAUGCCAGCCAUCCACAGCCAACCAAUUCAAUGCAGCAACCGAUGUGGUAGGUUGGCCUCUGACACUGUCCUUCAAAGCGGCGUUUGGGAGUACUGUACGGAUUUCUUCCAGUGAAAGCAAAUCCAAAGACCGGCUUGAAGGGAAGCUUGAGGUCCUUGGGAUUCCCGAAGCAGACCAGACUAAAAGAUACAUCACCGUAUCAACUCAUACACUUGCCAUGACGGCGGUAACGGCCAAAUCAGGUGUAGCAACACCUGAUUGGGCCUCCAACAUCCGAAUUGCUUCUGCAAAACACGGUCAUAAGCUGGGGAAAGUUACAAGGGUCUUUGACCCUUCUCCUCAGCAAACCUUCCCCUCGGGCUUCACCCACGAUAUCAGUUUGGUGGAUACCAUCGGCUGGACUGCAUUGAAACCAGCAGCUAACUCACCCAAGCCGAAGUUGUCACUCCAAUGGCUGUCACAAGACGAAUGGUCAGGAAUCAAGUACAGCUCAAGCAAGCUCGCUCUCUUGGACGACAGCUUGAUUGAAGAUGAAGCCAAGAGCAUUGGAGUAGUAGAUAGUCGAUGUCAGCUCCCGCUGAUCCAAGCGAAGACCCAACCACUUGGAAAAACCUGGUUGCCAGAUCGAUCUUCUAUCGAGUUCGGGCAACCUGGCAACACUAGAGUGUUUGGUCAAAGCGGAACACCAGUUCGUGUGGUAGAGGACAUGCCAGACAAGACCGGGAAAAUAGCCAAGGUGGCUGGGUUUUCUUCCUUUGUGCAGGUGGCAUCUGACGUGCAAAGAUAUGAUCUUGAGGGUCAAAAGCUGUACAAGAGGCUGGAAGAGGGCCGAGUGGCGUUCUAUGGGGCAUUUCAGGUUCCGCCAGAGCUGAGGGAUGGAUAUCGGAUUGCAUGA